CACAUGAAAAGAAAAGCAAGAAAAAAACAAACAAAAAAACUUCAUCUGACCCAUUCAGUGCAACCAAUAUACUCCACUUCACUGUCAACUAUGUGGUCUGGAGGCGAACCAACUCAGCCUUCUUGAUCGUGUUUACCUGUGGAACAGCAGAGCAGCUUGCAUGGCAGGCUCGUCAAACCGGUGUUGGAGCCUCCAGGACUGCUGACUUCAUUCAGACUGCAAGGAGAGACCCACCUUUGUCGCCGCUUUUGUUGUUGUCCUCGGUUCUGACAAUCCCGCACUCGGAAGUGUUCUCACCUAAUUUGCGCACAUGGAAAGAAGGAGCACCUUUGGAUGAACCGGCGCAUCAAGUGAAAGGGAGGAAAAACAAGACUUUACGGCGUAAAGAAGAGAUAGGUUACAAUUCAGGAGGGAUGGAAACGAAUGGGGUCGAGGGGAAAAGCAACGGUAUGGAGGGCGACCCGGACCUCCAGUUCCUCCUGCAGGGGGGAGACCUCCUCAAGGUCCUCUCCCCGUCCUGGAAGAAGACCCGCUACUUCAGACUCAUGGAGGACUGCAAAACCAUGUGGCGUGAAUCCAAGAAAACCUUCAAGGAGAGCCAGACCUGUGAGUGCUGCAGUCCCAGCUUCCCACCUGCAUUUUCAAUCGAUGACAUCUCGGCGGUGCGACUGGGUCGUCAGUCAGAGGGCCUGAAGAAGAACACGGAGGACCAUGUGGAGGGCCGCUGCUUCUCCAUCAUGUUCAAGGGCCGCCGCAAGAACCUGGACCUCAUCGCCAGCUCAGAGGAGGAGGCCAAGCAGUGGGUCAACAGCCUGCAGAAAGUGGUCUCCAACAUAAACAACCUCAACAGCCAGCAGAAGACGGAGCAUUGGAUCUUCAGCUGCCUGAGGAAAGCGGACAAGAACAAAGAUGGUAAGAUGAGUCGGUCGGAGCUCCAAGACUUCCUGCGUCUGAUCAACGCCGAUGUGGAUGACGACUACGCUGAGAUGCUUUUCCAGAAAUGUGACACAUCCAAAUCCGGAUACCUGGCUGGAAAGGAGAUCGAACAUUUCUACGACCUGUUGACCCACCGGGAGGAGAUCGACGUGAUCUACGGAGAGUACGCUAAAACGACGGGCUUUAUGAGUCCUCAGAACCUGGUGGACUUCCUGAUGAAGGAGCAGAGGGAGAAGGCCACGCUGGCCGAAGCACACAACAUUAUCCAGAAGCACGAGCCAGAUGAAAAUACCAAGGAGAAGAAGCUGCUGUCCAAAGAUGGCUUUAACAUGUACAUGCACCAUCCAGAGGCCUUGGUCCUCAAUCCGGAUCACAGAGAGGUCUACCAGGACAUGAGCCAGCCCCUCAACAACUACUUCAUCUCCUCCUCGCACAACACCUACCUCAUGGAGGACCAGCUCAAAGGGCCCAGCAGCACGGAGGCAUACGUCAGGGCUCUGCUGAAGGGCUGCCGCUGUGUGGAGCUGGACGUCUGGGACGGAUCGGACAAUGAGCCGGAGAUCUACCACGGGUACACACUGACCUCUAAGAUCCUCUUCAAGGACGCCAUCAAAGCCAUCAAGGAGUUCGCCUUUAAGACGUCCGAUUACCCAGUUAUCCUCUCCUUGGAGAACCACUGCAGUGUGGAGCAGCAGGAAGUCAUGGCCCACCACAUGAGCUCCAUCCUGGGCAGUGCACUCGUCACCUCCCCCCUUGGGGGCGGAAUGCCCACCGGCUUUCCAUCGCCCGAGGAGCUGAAGGGGAAGUUCCUAAUCAAAGGGAAGAGACUGAACAAGCUGGAGGCCAGCUUUGCUCCUGAGGCAGCUGCGGCUGAUGACCCGGACGUGACGGAGGAGGAAGAUUCGAAUAAUGAAGAUGAGGACGAACAGAAGGAGGAAGAGAAGAGAAAGGUGAAAAAGAAGCUGAAACUAGCGAAAGAGCUGUCUGACAUGGUGAUCUACUGUAAGAGCGUCCACUUCAACGGCUUUGAGGACGCAAGACGAAACCUGAGCUUCUACGAGAUGUCGUCCUUCAAGGAGGGGAAGGCCAUGACGCUGGCUGAAGAGUCAGCAAAUUCCUACAUCCGCCACAACCUGGACAAGCUGAGCCGCAUCUAUCCAGCAGGCACCAGGACGGACUCCUCCAACUACAACCCAGUGCCUCUGUGGAACGCUGGCUGCCAAAUAGUGGCGUUAAACUUCCAGACAACCUGCACAGACAUGGAUGUCAACCAGGGCAGAUUCCUGGUGAACGGAAAGAGCGGCUACAUCCUAAAACCGGCCUACAUGAGGGAGGUAGCCACGGAGUUCGACCCCAUCACCCUGACCCGAGGAGACUGGCUGAAGCACAAGACGCUCCAUGUCAUGGUUGUAUCGGCCCAGCAGCUCCCCAAAGUGAACAAGAAGAAGUCCUCCAUUGUGGACCCGUUGGUUAAAGUGCAGGUGUACGGAGUGCCGGCUGAUGUUGCCGAGAAAGAGACCAGCGUUGUUGGAAACAACGGUUUCAACCCGGCAUGGAAUGAAAACUUCCAGUUUGAUGUGUAUGUGCCAGAGCUAGCACUGGUGCGCUUCACCAUUGAAGACCACGACUCCACGUCUGAUAAUGAGUUUGUUGGCCAGUACACACUUCCAUUCAACAGCUUGAAAAUGGGAUACAGACACGUGCCUCUGCUCAAUAAGAACGGAGACCUCCUCCCCUCAGCUAGACUCUUUGUACACAUUAUGGUCCUUGAUGCAGAGUGAGACGUCACCAACUGUGCCGCUGCAGGAAAUAAGGACCUCCGAAACACAGCCUCCGUUUCUGCUGUUAAUUAAUUGUGUGUGUUUUUUUCUCUAUUGUUUUAGUUCAUGAUUAACUUAUUGGCUUAAAUCCAGUAGUUUAAGCUUCUACACUAAACAUCAGCUAAAGACCACGAAAAAACUGCACAUACAUACCAAGUUUGCCAGACUUUAUAAUACUCCAUAUGAGUCACAUUACAACUUCAAUGGUCAAAAGGCCUGUGUCCCUCAUUUCUGGUCAGUUAAUGUUUUGUCUAUUUAAGUAAUCAUUUUUUUUAAAUGACCAUUUUAUGAAUUCUGGAGAAACAUAAGCCAACAUGAACACAAUGUGCUUUGUAUUCAUCAGUAAUUAUGGUCAAGUGUGAUUAUUUUUUCAUCCGACAUCUGACCACUACUUCUUUUUGUAAAUCAAGAUGAAGAUAAAAGUUUU